AUGGUAUCAACGGCAGCGAAUCGAGCGGCCUUCAUUUCUUCGCUCGCCGCUUUCAUGGAGACGUACGGCUUCCAAGGUGCGGACAUUGACUGGGAAUACCCGUCUGAGCCCGCUCGCGGCGGCCGGGCAGGAGACGCCGCUAAUUUCGUGCUCCUUGUCAAGGAGCUGAGAGCUGCUUUCAAACCCGAGGUCGGCAUCAGCGUCGCACUGGCGCCAGACUACUGGUACCUUCGUGGCUUCCGACCCAAGGAAAUGGAACCUUAUGUCGACUUUUUUGGGUUCAUGUCGUACGACCUCCACGGCCCCUGGGACUCAUACGUCGGAGCCCUGGGUUCCAUCGUCCGACCGCAAACAGAUAUCACUGAUGUUAAAAAGGACCUGCUGCCUCUUGUGUACGACGGCGUGGAUUUUGGCAAGAUCAACCUUGGGCUGGCAUAUUAUGGCCGCACAUAUACCCUCUCAGACCCCGAGUGCGGCGACGUGGGCUGCCAAUUCGUGUCGGGCAAGGGAGGCGCCAGCGGCCGGUGUACCAAUUCGUCUGGGAUUUUGUCGUUGAUGGAGAUUCGUCGACUGAUUGCGAGCGAGGGGGCAAAGCCGUACCUCAAUUCGACUGCCAUGGUAAAGUAUUUCACGUACGGCGGCGGGAGCAACUGGGUCGGGUACGACGACCACGAGACGCUGGAGAUGAAGCGGGCGUUUGCGGAGGAGAGCUGUCUCGGUGGCACCAUGAUUUGGUCUGUCGACUUUGACACUGAGACGGAGUCGAAGCGGAAGUGCGCCACCUGAAAUGCACACGCCAGUGUUGAAACCCAAUAUUCACGCAGCAGAGGGGGGCGGUGCCGCCACGGAGUUGCGACCCGUUUACGUGGGAUGAUGGGACCGGACGGUUCGAGCGGCCUGGGGGGUUUAAUGCGCUCUUUAUCGUUUCACUUGGUCAGUGCAGUCGUCGUCAUCAACAGUGAAACCUCCUGUGAAGCUGAUUGCCAGCCGAUGUCCG